AUGUGGAAUGUUUGGGAUCAGUGUAUGACAGGAAUUGCUCAUAUUACAAAUAGUUUAGAAUCUUACCACAGCGUUGCUGAAAAACACAAAUCAACUAUUGAGGGCUUGCCAUGCUAUGUUGAAGUAGAUGGACAUGAUGACAAAUACAACAAGGAUCAUAAAUUCAAUGAAGCUGAUGUAGACAGAUGUGAUGAACCCAGUGUUGAAGCAGGUGUAACUGGAUGUGAAGACAAAUGUGAAGCUGCUGUGGCUGGAUGUGAAGACAAGUGUGAAGCUGUGAUAGCUGGACCUGAAGACAAAUGUGAAACUGGUGUAGCUGGACAGGAAGACAAAUACAAAUGGGAAACUGGUGUAGCUGGACAGGAAGACGAAUGUGAAGCUGCUGUGGCUGGAUGUAAAGAUAAAUGUGAAGCUGUGAUAGCUGGAUAUGAAGACAAAUGUGAAACUGGUGUAAAUGGACAGAAAGACAAAUGUGAAUCUGCUGUGGUUGGAUGUGAAGCUGUGAUAGCUGGACAGGAAGACGAAUGUGAAGCUUCUGUAGCUGGACACGAAGAAAAUUGUGAAGCUGCUGUUGUUGGAUGUGAAGACAAAUGUGAAGCUGUGAUAGUUGGACAUGAAGACAAAUGGGAAACUGGUGUAGCUGGACAGGAAGACGAAUGUGAAGCUGCUGUGGUUGGAUGUGAAGACGAAUGUGAAGCUGUGAUAGCUGGAUAG